AAUUCUUGGAUAUAUCUGGGCUGGCACGGAGGUUGUUUCCGCAGUUGAAACACUACGUCUGGCAGGCCGGACGGAGAUAGGUCUGGGCCCGCGCGUAAGGAAAGCCAGUGGAAAGCCUGAGUUGUCGCGGAAUCCUUUCAAGUCCCUAGAUUUCACGCCAGAUUGCGAGGAUUCGGCCCCGUUAGCCAGGCGUACGGCCAAAAACGAGCGUACACAAGGCCAGUUGAACCGGUUAUCUCAGUUCUGUCCGAAACUGUGAAAUCAUUUCUUCUCGGAAAUCCUGAUAUCUUAUCUAGACGCAUAAUGAAUAUAGACGUUAGUCGAGAAUCCGAGGCAGUCUUAACAGAGCUAUCGCAACGGGUAGAUCAAGCCACGGAUGUAUCAACUUUGUGAUAAUUUUUGCGAGUGAUUUUGGAUAGUGAUUACAUCCCGGACUAGAAGCCAUGGGCGGCGGGCGGCUGAAAGCGGUACUAUUUCUGGUGUUAUGUGCUGCUACCUCGCUGACCUGGGCCCUAUAUGAAGUCGGCAUUCCGCAUUGCAAAGACAUAAAGCAGCAGAAAGGCAACGCAGACGAGUGGGAGCCUAUAGGAAAUAUAAGGAACGAUUGCCAAAUGAAGAAUGUGUCUGACAACUGCACACGAGACAUAACUCUAUUCGAAGACGAGUUAAAGAAUCUAACUCGUUGUCGACAUUAUUCUGUAAAAAGAGAACCCUGUGUGAUGGCGAAGUCAGACGAUGAUAAUAACAUCGUCCAUAUGUUGUUGUUGCUCCUUGAUGUUAAAUGCAGUGAUGGAAACCAAGGGCAAGUAGACAGUUGUUUAAUGUGCUUCCACUCUGUACAGAAGCAUAUGACAACGCAGGCAAGCAGUACAGUGUCAAGUACCGAAACGCUGACGUCUGAAAUUCAGGACUCUGAUCCUAUGAGCUCUACGCAGAAACUGGAGUGCUUUGGUGGAAUAGUUCUUGCGGUAUCCUUCGCUGUGAUUUUAGUCUUUGUUGUGUGGUGUUGCAGAAAAAGGAGUCGGUGUACCAGGUUGCCAAGGCCAGAAUGUACUGAACUGGGAGGCUAUCGACGCUGUGAUACGGAUGACUCCUGAUAUUUGUACAGAACUGGAGGAACAAGAGGAAGGAAAAUCUCAUUAUUUUAUAUUUCAUCCGAUUUGGUUUGUUAAAUCGACUAAGAAUACCUAUCUUCGUGUGUGUGUGUGUGUGCGCGCAUGUGAGUAUGUGUGUGAAAAUUUACAAUAUCAAAUGCAAAAGAAAGAAAUCUCAUGUUGAUCAAGUAUUAACUAAAUAUUUAUGCCGCAUUAUACAAAUGUACUAUUUUUUCAGUUUGAGUUUUUAAGGUAGUUAAUCAUCAAAUAAACUGACUUA